GUGUUAGAAGAAGCCCUCCAUCCAUCCACAGCCUUUGUCAUCUCCUACCAUCCACCCAUCUUCAAACCCCUCUGCUCGCUCACGCCCGCCAACCCGCCUCAAGCCUCGCUUCUAAAGCUGGCAGCGAUGAGCAUGAGCGUAACAGCCCACCCGCUACUCUUGAUUCUGCCAGAGGCAGGAUCUACGAUUUCUUGGCAAGUGGUUUCAGUAUACGAGGUCCAUUUGGCUCCAGUUUCGACCGAGAGCACGGGAUGCGGAAGGGAGAGAGACGGGACAGAGGGGAACCUAGGUCUCCCUUCAUCCCAGAGCGGCAUCACACGCCUGCUCUAUCACGUUACGUUAGCCAGAGAAGCCGUGGGCUCCCCUUCUCAAGACGCGGUGUAUCGCGAUGACUGGUCGUUAACGCUGAGACGGAGGUCACCCAGGGCGGAAUGA